UCUAUAAAUGUUCUCCAAACUGAAGACAUAUGAAUGAGGGUUCUAUGAUUCUAACGUUGAAACCCGAAACCAUAAUGAGAUUCUUUAUUAGUUUAAUAUUGUUUCCCUCUCAAAAGUAUUGUAUUUAAUCACUGAUUAUAAUCCAAAGUGGGUCGAUUUGAAGCUUCAUUAAAAUAAAUUUUAGUUGAUCUAACCAAUGAGAUGACCCGCACAAAAUAAUUCAAUAUGCUAGUGGAGAUUUUAUACAAGUAUAAACUGAUUACGGGUAAAAAAGAUCUCUUAGUAAUAUAUUAGUUACAACAUAAUUAUCCACAAGACACAUUCAUACAACACAAACUGUCCAAAUCUAUCAUGAGGAUCAAGUUGUGGAGUGUCGGUGAUCACUUCUCGGUUCUUGUUGUCUGCUUCACUCUUCUAUAUUCUUACUACACGUCUUCUUAUUAUCAACAAUAUUGAAUUAUGAGUGAAUAUUAGCAAUAAUUCUGUAAGUUUCAUGAGCAACAACUAAAAGAAUUUAUGUCGUGUGACGAAAUAAUAUUCAUUACCUGGCUCUAAUCACACUAAUUAAUAGAAUUUAAACUUGUAUAUUAAAAAAACAACGGUUUAGUAUUAUGUCUGCCAUAUUCAGAUUUUUAUUCACGUCUUCCACAAAAUCACUAAACAUUUUCUACCCCACCAUAGUUGCUGAACAUGCACACAGCCACGUAUCCAUCUUAUUCACUAUGUAUAUAUAACAUAUGCUUUGCGAGUUUGCGUGUAUGAAAUAAAACCAUAUACUAUAAUUUACACACUACAAAAAAUGAUGAUCAAAAUGUCUCUCCCUCUCCCGCCGAAAAUAUUUCUUCCACCGUCAAAUUCUCCACCGACUCAUCAUCACCAAGCUCCACCACCGCUUGCACCGCCACGUGCUGCCAUAUCAAUAGCUAUCCCGGAAACCGGUUUAGGACGUACCGGUACCAUCCACGAAGAGUCCACGUCUUCAGCUUUUCGUGACUACCAGUCUUUAUUCUUGUCACAACGUUCCGAGACAGUCGAACCUGUCGUAAUUAAACCGAUAGAAGGCUCGAUACCGGUUGAUUUUCCUUCCGGUACAUAUUACUUAGCCGGUCCAGGACUUUUUGAAGACGACCAUGGGUCAACGGUGCAUCCCCUAGACGGUCACGGCUAUCUACGUGCUUUUCACAUAGACGGAAGUAAACGGAAAGCAACGUUCACGGCGAAGUACGUUAAGACAGAAGCUAAACAAGAAGAGCAUGACCCCGUUACUGACACGUGGCGGUUUACUCACAGAGGCCCUUUCUCGGUGUUAAAAGGUGGGAAACGAUUUGGAAACACGAAAGUGAUGAAAAAUGUGGCGAAUACUAGCGUUUUGAAAUGGGCUGGGCGGUUGCUUUGUUUAUGGGAAGGUGGUGAACCGUAUGAGAUUGAAUCUGGUUCGUUGGAUACCGUCGGGAGAUUUAACGUCGCGAUCAACGGCUGUGAUGAUGAUUCCGACAGAGAUGUUGCUGGUCAUGAUAUAUGGGACACAGCCGCAGGGUUGUUGAAACCCAUACUUCAAGGUGUGUUUAAGAUGCCGCCAAAACGGUUCUUGUCACAUUACAAAAUCGACGAUCGAAGAAAUAGACUUUUAACGGUGACUUGCAACGCUGAGGAUAUGCUCUUACCUCGUAGCAACUUCACAUUUUGUGAGUAUGAUUCGGAAUUCAAGUUGAUACAAACAAGAGAAUUCAAGAUCGAUGAUCAUAUGAUGAUUCAUGAUUGGGCCGUCACAGAUACUCACUACGUACUCUUUGCCAACAGAGUCAAGCUUAAUCUAAUUGGUUCCAUGGCGGCUAUGUUUGGGAUGUCACCUAUGGUAUCAGCGUUAACGUUGAACCCAAGCAACGAGAGUUCCCCUAUUUAUCUCCUCCCAAGAUUUUCCGAGAAAUCUAUGGGAGGUAGAGACUGGAGGGUACCUGUGGAAGUGUCUUCACAGUUAUGGCUGAUACACUCCGGAAACGCUUAUGAGACUAGAGAGGACAACGGUGAUUUAAAGAUUCAAAUACAAGCUUCCGCAUGCUCAUACCGUUGGUUUGAUUUUCAGAAAAUGUUUGGAUAUGAUUGGCAAAGCAGCAAGCUGGAUCCUUCUGUUAUGAAUCUGAACCGCGGAGAUGACAAACUACUCCCUCAUCUAGUUAAGGUGUCUAUGACCUUGGACGCAAUCGGAAACUGCAAGAGCUGUGACGUGGAGCCUUUAAACGGUUGGAACAAACCGUCAGAUUUUCCGGUUAUCAACUCAUCAUGGUCAGGAGAAAAGAACAAAUACAUGUAUUGUGCAUCCUCUUCGGGAACUCGACGUGAACUUCCUCAUUUCCCUUUCGAUAUGGUCGUGAAGUUCGACCUAGAUUCGAAUACUGUCCGUACUUGGUCUACCGGAGCUCGGAGAUUCGUUGGUGAACCCAUGUUUGUCCCUAAGAGCUCAAGCGAAGGAGAAGAAGACGAUGGUUACAUUAUCGUCGUCGAGUAUGCGGUUUCGGUGGAGAGAUGUUUCCUUGUGAUUUUGGAUGCUAAGAAGAUCGGUGAGUCCGAUGCGGUCGUGACGAGAUUAGCGGUCCCGAGGAAUUUAACGUUUCCAAUGGGGUUUCACGGUUUAUGGGCUAGCGAUUAAUUUACUUUAAAUCGAUAUGAUUCAUUUGAAUUUUACUUAUGUAAAUUUAGGAAACGUAUUAUCUUAAAAAUGGUGUGUAUUGGUCUUUAGAAUUACAAAUCUAAAAAAAAAUGUAGUGUAAUAAUGUUUUUGUUGUUCAAAAGUGUAUAGUGUAAAUAAAGUAUACAAUGAAAAGAUUCACAUGGUUCCUCCUC